UGCACUUAUAAUCAACUGAAAGAGGCUCGUAACAGAAAGGAAAACGAGUUUAAUUAUGAUGCUCUCGUGAAAGACGAGAAAAGGCUCAAGUACUACACUGGUUUCAAGACGCAAAUGUUGCUGGAAACUUUCUGGUCCUUACUGGAAGAAGAUGUCAACAGUCUUCAAUUUUGGAAAAUGAAGGAAACGACGAAUCAAGACAGGAAGUUCGUGCUCGAUAUGAAUACUCAGUUGAUUUUGGUACUGAUGCGUCUUCGGCUGGGCCUCGACGGUGAAGAUCUUGCCUACAGGUUUGGAGUGUCAACAAGCACGGUGUCACGUAUCUGGAUAACCUGGCUUGACUUCCUGAACAACAAGCUUCGCCAGGUGCCAAUAUGGAUGCCGUCCCAGCUGUGCGACAAAUACCGACCUCAGGUGUUCCUCGCGAAAGGCUACGACACUGUAGAUGGAAUAAUGGACUGCACAGAGAUUUUCAUCGAGACACCGUCGUCAUUUCGGGUCCAAAGUGAGACGUUUUCCAACUACAAAAAACACAACACAGCGAAGGGUCUCAUAGUAUGCAGCCCCAAUGGUUUUGUUGUGUUUGUAUCAGACCUAGCACCUGGACGUCUGUCUGACAAGGCCCUCACCAACUCCUGUAAUGUUUUAGAUAAGUUUUCUCCAGGACGGAGCAUAAUGGCAGACCGUGGCUUCACAAUCCAAGACGAGUGCAAGGCACGAUCGCUGCAUCUGAACAUUCCACCUUUCAUGGAUGGAAGGCCGCAACUCUCCGAGAAAGAUGAGGAAGAAACAAGACGCAUAGCAAGUGUGCGGAUACAUGUUGAGAGGGUCAUUAGGAGGGUGAAGACAUUCAAAAUUUUGUCGCAUGUAUUUCCAAACAGCAUGGCAGAUCAGCUGAACAAGAUAUGGCACAUAUGCGCUCGUUUGACUAACUUUGUAGAUACGCCUUUGCUGUAGAGUUUUGACGGUUCAUAUUUUUAACCAUCCCGUUACCAAGGGAGGGAAAGCGCACUCAGGGAAGGCAGAGAGUUAGACGGAGUGACGAAAUUAAGAAGUUCGCAGGGAUAAAAUGAAAUCAGCUCGCACAGGAUAGGGUAAAUUGGAGAUCAUUGGGAGGAGCCUUCAUCCUGCAGUGGCAGGCCGAGAGUGAUGAUGAUUAUUUUCCCACAAUGCCAUAACUAUAACUCGUAUGUAAAGACACACCGACUAAUAUCAGCUUUAUUGAAGCAAUAAACAUUGCACAUCCCCCAUCAAACAUACACACUCAGUGAAACUCAAAAUACAUGUACAGCAUUCCCUCUAUCACAGUGAAAAACAAGCACUAUCACAGCAAUGCACUAACAGAAUCGGGAUAUUACCCAUCAUGAGGUUGCAUUGUGUCUAUAAACCUUGUGAAGAAAGAACACAAGUAUUCACUGCAUGUUUUCGUAAAAUAAAUAGAUUCAUUUGCUCAAAUCAGCUGCCGAUGGUUUUAUGCAGCUUCAUGGUGUUCAUUUCAAAACAGAAUUUUUAGCACACUUCACCUUGACGAGAAGUGGUACUGUUCAAAAAGCUCCGCAUCUCCCAUCAAACAUACAAUACACACAGUGAAAUUCAGAAUACAUGUACAGCAUUCCCUCUAUCACAGUGAAAAACUAGCACUAUCACAGCAAAGAACUAACAGAAACAGGAUAUUACCCAUCAUGAGGUUGCAUUGUGUUUAUAAACCUUCUGAAGAAAGA